UCAAACAGUCAAAGCUUCAGUCUUUCAGAGCAGAACACAACACAGAGAGCCGGUUAAUACUUCUAAUGUUAUACCUUGUGCACGUUCACUGAGGAAAACAGAUUCAGCUACAAAACUAAAUUAGGAUUCUUUGAAAUAAUUUGUGGGGACUGAAAGCAGUCAAAGUAAGACAACAUGACAGAUGAUAGCAGAAUUUUAAUAAAAGGAGGGAAGGUGGUAAAUGAGGAUUUCUCAGAGAUGGCAGAUGUAUACAUUGAAGAUGGAGUUAUCAGUGCUGUAGGCUUAGAUCUGCAGGUGCCGGCGGGCACACGGGUCAUUAAUGCCACUCAAAGACUCGUGCUGCCUGGUGGAAUAGACACGCACACACAUAUGGAGCUGUCAUUCAUGGGCACUACAGCUGUGGAUGACUUUAAUACGGGUACCAGGGCAGCUGUAGCAGGAGGGACGACCAUGAUCCUGGACUUUGUCAUCCCACAGAAGGGGUGUUCACUCCUGGAAGCCUAUGAGCAAUGGAGAAGAACGGCCGACCCCAAAGUCUGCUGCGACUACUCCCUGCAUGUGGCUGUGACCUGGUGGGAUGACACUGUGAAGAAGGAAAUGGAGACUCUGGUCCGUGAAAAAGGAGUCAACUCUUUUAAGAUGUUUAUGGCAUAUAAAGAAGUCUUCAUGCUGCGGGAUCACGAGCUGUACGCAGCUUUCUCUCAGUGCAAAGAGAUCGGAGCUAUAGCUCAGGUUCAUGCAGAGAACGGAGAUCUUAUUGCAGAGGGUGCAAAGCGCAUGCUGUCUCUGGGCAUCAGUGGUCCUGAGGGUCAUGAGAUGUGUCGUCCGGAGGAAGUGGAAGCAGAGGCCACACAGCGUGCUGUCACUAUCGCCCAUUCGGCUAACUGCCCACUGUAUGUGGUGCACGUCAUGAGUAAAUCUGCAGCAAAGGUGGUGGCCAACGCACGGAGAAACGGUCGAGUGGUGUUUGGAGAGCCCAUUGCAGCUGGACUCGGUACAGAUGGCACAAACUACUGGCAUAAGGACUGGGCUCAUGCCGCAAAGUUCGUCAUGGGCCCACCCUUGAGACCAGACCCCAGUACCCCUGGAUAUCUGAUGGACCUGCUGGCCAACGAUGAUCUGAGCGUAACAGGAACAGAUAACUGCACAUUCUCGAUCUGCCAGAAAGCCCUCGGGAAAGACGACUUCACCAAAAUCCCAAACGGAGUCAACGGCGUUGAGGACAGGAUGUCUGUUAUAUGGGAGAAAGGAGUGCACAGUGGCAAAAUGGAUGAAAAUCGAUUCGUAGCUGUCACCAGUUCUAACGCAGCGAAGAUCUUCAACCUUUAUCCUAAAAAAGGGAGAAUUGCUAAAGGUUCUGACGCAGAUCUGGUUAUAUGGGACCCGAAGGCCACAAGGGUCAUUUCGGCAAAAACACACCAUCAGGCUGUGGACUAUAACAUUUUUGAAGGGAUGCUGUGUCAUGGGCUUCCAGUGGUCACCAUCUCCAGAGGGAAGGUGGUGUAUGAAGACGGACAGCUGUUUGCAGAACAAGGCCAUGGACGGUUCAUCCCACGAAAACCCUUUGCUGAAUUUGUGUAUAAGAGAAUUAAUCAGAGAGAAAGGGUUGGAAAACCAAGUCCCGUGAGCAGAGAACCGUUUGCUGGAAAAGUCAUAUCUCUAACCUCAAAAUGACUCUGACACAUCUGCUCAAUGAAGAAUGAUGAAUCAUUCUUGUGCGUCAUGUUUUGAGGUCUGUCUGCACAAAGGAGAAUAUUGUAGAUACUGUAUUUGUAAAAUACAUAACAUACAAUGCAGUAUUGUCAAUCAAAAUGUGAAAUAUAUUUUUUGGUUACACAGUGAUUUAAU